AACACCAGCCACCCAGGAAGAAAAAAAAAAAAAGAAAGGAAAAAAAAAACAGGAACUGCACGGUACAAAGUCUACAGUGCUUGUUUUAUGGUGGCCUGCGGUUUAUUUGUAGACUUGCCAUACAGGGAAGUUGCACUGAAAAGUUGAAGUGAUUGAGGCAAGAAAGAUGACUUGUGUGGAGAUGGACGUGGAGAACUAUUUGAGGCGCAUUGGGUAUGUGGCACCAGCUAUGCCAACUUUGGACGUGCUACGGUCGGUGCACGUGAGUCACCUGAUGUCGGUGCCGUUUGAAAACCUCACCUUGCACAGUGGCGGACAGGUGAGGCUGGACCUCCCGCUUCUCUACGACAAGAUAGUAAAUCAGCGCCGAGGUGGCUUCUGCUUUGAGAACAACAGUCUCUUCUCCUGGCUGCUGUCCCGACUAGGCUUCCAGGUCACCCUGCUCUCAGGCCAGGUGAGGAAUUCAAUCACCGGCCGCUACGGGCCACCUUUCGACCAUUUGAUCUCAAUGGUGACGCUUGAAGGCCGGCGCUGGCUGUGCGACGUCGGCUAUGGCUCGUCAGGGUUCACUUUCCCAAUUUCACUGGAGGUCAGCGGGACCCAGCGGCAGGGGCACCGAGAGUACCGCGUCAGAAACGACCAGGGCAUGUGUUUCCUGGAGUGGCAAGGGGAGGAAGACACAGGUGCAGGUGGAGAUUGGACAGAGCUCUACAAGUUCACGCUUGAACCGCGCCGUCUGGAGGACUUUGUCGAGAUGUGCCAGUACCAUCAGACCUCUCCCAGCUCCAUCUUCUUCUGCAAGUCCCUCUGCUCCAUCCUGAAGCCAGAGGGAAGGCUCAACUACAUCGGCCGCAAACUGAACACCAUCACAUUUCCCUCAGAGGUGACAGGGGCUGUGGUAAAAACCACCGAGGAACUAGAGGAUGAGCAGAUUCCUGCUGUCUUGGCAGAACAUUUUGGAGUUGUGCUGAACUCUCCACUUAAACCAAAGGAUGAAGCAAUCACUCCACCCCCGCCCAUAUAUUGAUCAGGUUGUUUUUUUUUUUUUUUUUAAAGACCUUGAAAGAACCAGGUGCAGAGCAACCUGCAUACUUCUUAUGUCUUUAUGCUGACAACAGUGCCUUAACCCUCCUAUUACGUGCACAUUUACUAACAUCAAUUUAUCCAUAAAAAAAAAAGUUACAUAAAGUUAUGUAUCAGGAACUUUUUUUUUUUCUUACUGACUACCUACCUAAAUAGUCCUGUUAGUAAAAUAUAUCCUCCCCCACACACUGAAGUUCUUGUAGGAAUCAUGUUUUUCCUCCCAAAUGUCACAUGGGUUUCUCAGUACAGCUGUGAUUAUGUUAGGUGAGGGCCCUAAAGCAGAGAUAAGUUUUUUGAAUAUUAUAAAUGGCAUGUUAUAGUUAACUAAAACAAAUGUGUGUAAAAUGUUAUUUCUUAUGUUUUAUACAGCUAAAACAGCCUGGGGUCACCAAUGAAUACAAAAUGUGUACAGGACAUUGAACACAGAUCAUGUUAAUUUUAGAAUUACCUAGUUGUCCCCAUUAAAUUAUUAAGUCAUUAAGUAUGAAGAAAAAAAUGUUAAUCAUGUAUUUAGAGACGUCAAAUAUUGAAUGGGUUCAAACUGACCCCAAAGGUAACAGGCGGGUUAACCACUAAAGCCUUAAGGUGCAAAUGUUUUCUAAGACUUUUGAAUUCUGUUUCUGAACCUGAGCAUUUUGUUUAUACCAGUUAUGACUAAAUAAAAGACUUGAGUUUUACGUUA